UUUUCCGUGUUACACAUGUCUCGCCUGGUUGUUGCUACAACGAACACAUGUGCAGCAAUCGAUUUUUGAUUCUUUUAACGAGUUGAGUGAAACCGCCGCAAGCUUUCUGUUUUCCUGAAAAUCAUAGACUGAAACGACCCCCUUGCAAGGAAGCUUACGUGGAGGCCAUGAGCACGUGGUCAGGCCAUUACCAAGUAUAAACACAUACGUAAGCAUCGAGAACUGCCUUCCUCAGCAAACUAAAAUUCGUAAAAAAAAAAAAAUUCAGCAUGAAUGUUUCCAUGAAGACGACGGUCUAUUGCGCAAAGAUGUUCACACUCACAAACCGUAAACGACUUAUUCUGUUACGAGAGUUCUAAUAAGUCAACGCGGCGGCCAUUUUUGUUUCCUUGGGAUUUCGAAACGGUUGGUAGUUUCUAAAAAUAGAAACCUUGUAUUCUCGCGGACAUGCUCACAGAGUGGGAAAUCCCCGUGGCUCUUCGUUCCGAUUGGGUCACCAAGCCCACGUGACAAGCGGGACUUUCCCUGGCAAGUCGGUGCUUUCCACUGACAUUCGAAGAUUCUGGUUUUUCCGUUGAAAUCGCAUGUUGAGCGAUAAAUCAAUAAUGUGGAUCGACUGUACCGACCUUGAAGCCUGCAGCAGUACACAAUGACCGUUACAGUGCAGAAAUUUCAAGGUAACCGACCUAGAAUCGACGGAAAGUACUGGACAACAAGUGCGACUCCACAAGGCGUAACCACAACCGCACGAAGCACGAUGGACCCAAAGGAGAUUGAAGACAGAAUGGCAGCUGCCGAAGCGCUGUCUUCCUUGGGCUUGCCGGCGACUUUUCCGGGCGCAAACACCACGGUGCCUGCCAUAAGCAUCCUCCAAACUGAUUCAGAGCCUGCUGGGGAGAAAAUACAGAGCGUGAAGAGCCGAACGAAGGAGCGAGGCCGAGGUAAGAGCGAACAACGUGAAACGGGACGCGAAACCAAAAGUAGGUCAAGUCGUGGCCGGGGUCGAGGACGGGGUUCAGCUACAACAGAGAGUGGUGGUAGUGGUAAUAGUGUCAGCUCUGUCACCCUGAACGUACCUCAGGUGAGUGUGCCACAUGUUUUGCCGAUCUCUUCGCUGCCUUCAUCGGCGUUAGGCCAUUUCUCGUUGCCGCUGACAUCUAUAACAGACUCUGCGCAUGUGCAGAUUGUGCAUGCUGCGAACGCUACACGUGGAAGACGCAAAAACACCAAAAAUGUUGGCAAAGGAGAGAAAACUUCCCAGGCUGGUACAACGCAGCAGCAGAUUGGCCUUCGUGGUGGUCCGGGAGUUGCGUUUCACCUCGCAGGAUCGCAGGGAUUCGAACACACGCUUUCAGAUAGGACCAACCUCCACACAGGUGCUCAUAUUAUUCCUGUAGUUUCAUUCGCAAGCCUAGCAACAACAGCAGCAGCAGCACCACAGGGCCACCUUAGUGAUGCAGAACAGUUUCCCAGAAUCACACCUGUACAGAGUGCAGCGGUGGCCUUGCCCACAACUGUUGCAGCAACUUGCUUACCUGUAAGUGCAGCAAGUGGGUCUGGAACUCCUGAAAAUCUGCCCAGUUUGUCCCUCAGUGUCACCCUGCCAAGUGUCUCUUUGGGCAGCAUUGGGCUCACAAGCCUGCCCAGCAUUCCAAAUCUUCCCAGUCUUCCUAAUGCUAUUGCCUCCCUCCAGCUGAACAGCACAGUGCAGACACCUUUGUUGCCAGAUUUGCUUAGUCCUGAGGCCCAACUCAGUCCUCAGCCCAGAGACAGCAGUGACAAGUCUCUUCCUCUGAAGAAGCGAAAGAUUGUUGAGUCGGUCUCGGGCACACCUCUACCUUCAACAUUUUUGUCCAUCAGUUCAGCUACCAGUCCAGUUGCCUCCCCUCAAACCCUGCCAACCACAUCAUCAUUUCCACCAAUAUCUCAACCAUCAGUGACAACAACUGCCACAGCAAAAGCUGAGACACCAACACCCUCCACAAUUGAUGGGCCAGCUGAGACAGCAGAGAAGCAAAUAGAGACACCUGCACAGGUUGUGUCGCCUGGUCCUACGCCAGCGGCCCUGUUGUCACAAGUUCUGCCACCUGCAAUUAGUCUGCAGCUGUUGUCAGAGAUCAACACCGCUAUUACACCGGAUGAAGAUGGAGAUUUACCUCUUCAUAUUGCUGUAGUCCAUGAGAAUGAUAUGAUGGUCAAGAAACUGAUACAGCUUAUGGGCCUUGUGUAUCGCAGUGUGGACCGAUACAAUAAGCAGCAGCAAACACCUCUGCACCUGGCCAUCAAACUGGCUUACUUGCCUGGUAUACAACUGCUGCUGGACGCUGGUGCAGACCCUAAUCUUGUGGACAGCUCAGGGUCAACCAGCAUCCACAUGGCUGUCCAGGGCAGAGAUCCAGACUGCCUUGAGGCGCUAUUACAGUGGAGUAAACACAGAUGUGAUCUCAACUAUCGUAAUUUUGAAGGAAUGGCCCCACUGCACACAGCUGUGAUGAACAAUGACAUCGAACUUGUCAAGAAACUGCUGGAUCAUGGAGCUGAUAUCAACAUCAUGGAUGGAAAGAGUGGUCGAACAGUGUUGUUCCAUGCUGCUGAGGGAAAUCAAAAGCCAAUUGUGGAAUUGCUUUUGCGUCGAGGGGCAGAUCCUGAAAUUGCCAACUAUGCUGGUGUCAUUCCCACCAUGGCAGCUCAAGGACGAAGUCACACCAGUGUCGCUCGCAUUCUUGCUCGAGCAGUAGAUGAAGGACUUGAUGAUGUUGGUGAAGACAUGGAAACACAGUCACCUCCUGCACUGGAAAUUGCGGUGUCAGAAGACAGCUCAGAUUCAUCCAAACCAGCUGCAAUGGACAGGGUGAAGGGGAGCAUGGCUGGUGUGCUCUCUGACAUGGCAGCCAGAGUGAGCAGUGCUCAGUCACAGAGUAGAAGCCAAGCACUCUCUUCAGGCAAAAGUUAUGUUCAGCUGAAGGGCCAAACUCUGUCUACAAACGAGGGUCAAGGUGAAUCAACCACUGGUGUUGCCACGGCGACGUUGCAUCCAGGUGCGAAGCUGCCUUCCCAGUCUGUGUUGCAAGAGAACUGUGUUGUGGAUGGCAAGAUUAAACAGAAUUUCAAGCUGGGCCCUUCACCUGAGGAAGCUACUAUCCUGAAAGACAGCACUAUGAAAGACCAUCUGAAUAUUCCGAUUCACAAAGAAGGUGAUGCACCCAGAUUAAACAUGGGAAUGCUGGGACCGAAUGCAUGCUCUAUGGAUGUGGACGAGAGUGGUGUGCCUCAGGCUUCACUAGCCAAGGUUAUUCAAAACCUCAUCAUCAAGGCCUGGACAGAAAAACAAAAUGGAGGAGAGAAUGCAGAGGCGAGAGAAAGCCCAAAGCCAGUGGUUACCUCUGCUCCUGCCACAGCAUUGCAGGCGAGACUUGCUGGUUUGACAUCUGUAACUCCAGGUGUCAGUCAGGUUGGCAUGGUAACCACCCCUGCAGAACACAGUUUGAAACUUGUGCCUAUUUCCGAACAAAGUGCAGUGAGAGUGUCUUCUUUCACUCCUGUCAUGCCAGUAGUAGCCUCCCCUUCAGCAGCAGUGAGUGACAAAGUCAGCUCUGGGGUCUUGGGGACUUUACCAUCUGUGGCUCAUACCCAGGCAACUCGGCCCCUAUUUUUGUUUCGUUCAUCCACCAACGAUCCCAGCGGCAGCAGUGGUGGAUCAGUGGAAUUGCGCCAUGUUACACCGGAUGACUUGCUUGCUCUGCGACAGUCACCAACAAAUUCUGUUAGACCAAGCUUAAACACACAGCCCUCUAGUUUUCAACACCUGCGGAGUUUUCUGGCAUCAAGUGGUAUUCCUUUGUCAAGAAUGAAUGCCUUGCCAUCAGAAAAUAGUCAAAGCAAAGCUGCGGCUAAUCACAUUAUCCCGGAUAAUUUGGGUGUUGUCAAGGCAUUUUAUGAACCUGACGAUGUGGCAGAUCAACCGAAGGACUAUUCUCUGAAAUCGCGGAAAGGUGAAGGCACUAGUGUUGUGAAAUCAGAUUCAGAGCCUGUGAAAAAUUGGUCAGGGGGAAAACAGUCUGGUAUUGCAGCUUUCUCUGAACAUUCCAAAGAAAAAUCUUCAGUGGAGAAGACAGAUGUUGAAAGUGCCAGCAAUGUUGUAGCUGGACAGGGUAAGAAUUCUACUUCAGAUCCAACAAAUCCUGAAAAAGGUAAGAAGACAAAAAGCAAAGCCAGUAGAAGCAAACAGAAUGCAACAGAGAAAAAGGUUAAAAGAGAAUCCAAACUGAAUAUCCUUCCUGCUGAGGGAGCCAGUUCUUCUACUGGAAUGCAAAGUGAAGUGGGCAGCCUAGUGAGUGAACAGAAUGGCAGGUUAACAUCCAGAAAAUCCUGUACACAUUCAGAUCCUGCAACCCAUCCCAUGGUAUUGUUCUCAUCACAGCAAAAUACAGCGGCUUCUAAAGUGGAUCCGCAGAGCAGCAUACCGAAGGAGCAGCCCAUGGAAAUGGGAUAGAUCCAACUUGUGAAAUGUUGACAACAUCCUGCUGAAGAAAUGAGAUCGCUGGCUUGCACUACUGGCUUUCUUUCAGGAGCUAUAUGGUGCUUAAAAAAUGGCUUACAGUCAAUUCCCCUAAUUUAUCGAGUUGUAAUGCACAAGGAAGAACAGAGGAGACACAUACCUACCCGGAUUAGUGGAACUAGCAUGAGUUCUAUCACUUUAGCAAAAUAAUGUUCUUUAGCAUCAUGUAAUGCUGCGUGUAGGAAAUUGCAUGAAGUAUAUGACUUUUAAGCAGAUUCAUGUAAUUUAGAGAAAGGUGUCAUGCCUGAAUGGCUCGUCAACCUUGAAAACCACCUUUGAGUGGUUUGACUGCAUUGUGUUAAUCUUACCUGUGAGGCUGGUUGUUUCUGUUUGCCAGAAGACAAGUACCUUCUUUGGUUGUUUUGGUUUGUUCCUGCAAACAUUUACAUGCAUUUAUUGCUCUUCAGGACUUCUGUGUAUGAGUGUACAUGUGGGAACUUAUAUGCAUGUACGUGUAUGUCUAUAUUGAAAACCCAUGAUGCACUAGUGUUAUGGGAAGGCUUAAGGUUAGGGUUUCCGUUAUUUCUAGGUUUUGGGAUGGGUGCUAAGAGGGUUGGGAUUGUGGAGUAAGAUCUUUAGUAUUUAUAUGAACCAGGGGAAAAGCUAAUUAUCUGCUCGAAAAUAUUCUAUUGUACUGACACUAGAAGAGUUUGCAUGAGAGUGACACAUACUUGCACUUGUGCAUUAUAUCUUGUUCUUCUUGGGCAUUACAUCCUUUACAUCAGAGUUUAAAAAUGGCAAAACCAGUUCUUGCGGCAGGCUGUUAUCUGCCAGUGUUUAAGAUCAUUUUGCCUUAUUUAAGUUUUACAACAUAAUAGACAACAAUAUUUUAUUGUGGUAUUUUAAAAAAUAUUCUGGGACAAGCAUGAUCUGCAACAAGAUAAUUUUUUCAGGUAUCAGUGUGUAUGUGAGAGAGAAACUGAAGCAGACCAUUAAUGAAUGGGCAAAGGACAAAGUAAUGAAAUCCAUCAAAGUUGAUGAAUAGAUGAAUAAGCAAAUGAGUGGAGGACAGACUGAUUUCUUAUAAUUCUUAUCAUUUCUUAAGUUUAGUCCCUGUUUACAUGACAGUUGUGCUGUCUGUGUGCCAGGGCAUGAAUAUGUCAAAUGCAAAAAGUUCUGUUAAUUGCCUGCAGUCUCUAAUACAUAGAAAACCAAGGCAUAUUAAGCAACAUUCAGCAGGCUUCUUCACAUAGCACUGAAAGCUUUUCAUAAGAAACUAAAUCUUGUGACUUUGUUAAAAAUUAUUAGUCUGUUCUUGCGAUGUGAUUUCAGCAUGGACUAUUGCUCAGAUUGCCUAUGUGUGAGAGAAAACAUUUUCUGAAGAUGCACAAAUCCACAUUGCAAUUUGCAAGUGCUGCAUGGAUACUGAUCUUGAGCACUCCAGUGAUUGGAUGACAGGGUGAUAACUUUAGGAACAGCCUCAUAUUGCAAUUUUCUUUCACACAAUAGGUGAAACUUCUCUUUCUUGUCAAACCCAUGCAAUCUCGGUUCAAAUGCAGCUGUCGGUGGCAUAUUGUCACUGCCAGCCUGCUUGGUAGUACUGUGCAUGUGGGAGAAGCGCUAGGUUUCUUCCUGUCUUUUCAGACCAAAGUACUUUUUGUCAUUUUUCUCAUUCAAUUUAUAUUCUGCUCUUUUAUUUUGUAUGUUUGUGGGGAUUGGGGACAUACUUGACACAUUUAAAUUUCCACGUGCUUUUUUUCUCACUUUCAGUCAGGGAUGACUAUCUUAUUCUGUAGCCUUAGGUCAUAAAACCAAGAAUUGCUGUUUCACAAACUGGAAGAUUGCUAUGAAUGAGGUGUCACACUUGUAAACUAAGAGCCCACAUCCUAGAUAAAAAAAAAUAAUAAUCAAAGUUUUCGAUGUACAUUGUCACUGUAUGACUUAUUUUCCAGGGUUCGGAGACUUUUAUGGAUUGUUGGCUAGGUUUAAGUAGCAUAUUGCAUCUUUCAUUCGGUGAUUCAUGAGUUUCCAUGGAAUUGGUUUCUGGGAAAGUUACACAACUCUCUGGCUGCUUGUGAUAAGUUUUUCCCCCACCUUCCUCAGAUCUCAUGUCUACUGUCAGCUGUCUUGCAUAGUUUUCUUUCAAUUUGGUUCUUGAGUCAGUAGUGAGACAGACACACGUUCAUUUUUUUUUUCUUUCUAGAGAGAGCAGGCAAACAAUUGUGUGUGUGUGUGAGAGAGAGAGAGAAGUGAGGGGAGUGAGUGGAAAGGAAAGGAAGAGAAAAAAGUGCUGUUCAAUGCUUCAAUGACAUGCACAAUUUUAUGUGGGCCAUGAUAGCUAAAAGGAAACAGAAAUCUAGAUAAAAGGGUGGCUUCAAGGAUCUCCUACUUCUUGAUGGUUAAUGAAAAUGGUAGAAUAAAAGCCUUAGAUCGACCUGCAAAAUGUAAUUGAAAGACUUUUAUAGGAAAACAGUUAUCUGAAUUGGGUACAUCAUGUUCUAAAAGGACCAAAAUGCCCAAGUAUAUAUUAAAGGCCGAAUUUCUACCUACAAUGGGGAAGGAAUGGCUUGAGACUUAGAAGGGAGGUGAGGAGCUCAUGUUGGCUAGCUUAGUGGUCAUGCUUCGCCAAUUGCUACCAGUUGGCCCAGCAAGUCUCCUCUCUUUCCAGAUCUGAGGAAAAUCAUCUUUUUGGUAAAGGUAGAAGUUUAGCCUGUAAAGUAGCAGCACCUGUUUAUGUUGGACUAAGUUUAUGUGGGGUAUUAUGCAGUAGGCUGGUGAAAAAAUACAACUAACAUUUAGAGAACUGUCCAAAACCACAGAUAAGUUAGAUGACAAUGCCUUUAGGUAAGGAAUAUUAAUUUACUGCACCCAUGUGAUGUUUUCUUUGCAUCCACUCGCACACAUAUCAAGCAUAAACAGCUUUCUUACUCAAAACAGUUGGGUCCUUGUGUCAACAAUAUUGUCUCCAAUUCGACUAUUGCAAUAUGCUUUCAGUCUGAUCUUCAUGGUCUGUUAUUCUCUAUUAAGCACUGAAUAUAGGAUGCCUUCAGUAAUUAUUUAUCUAAUUUACCAGUACCUAAUGGGUGUGAAUGGGUUUAUUGGUGAAGUCUCACAUAGAAAAGCUGGAUGUUAGCUUUUAUGGUGAUAAAAAAAAAAACUGUUCUGCAAAAUGGCAAGUUUGAGAGAUUUUGUUCUGUUGAGAUGCUUGUGAUGUUUUCUUGUUAAACCUGCUCGAGGAAUGUUGAUUUUGAAAUUUUGUUUGCUCGAAGAAUUUGAUCGUGA